AAUGCUUCUUCGUUCAAAAAAGCAUGUGGAUUUCCUGGUGUGAUUGGCUGCAUUGAUGGAUCACACAUACCAAUCAAGGCACCAACAAAUCAUCCAGAAUCAUAUAUAAACAGAAAAGGUUUCCAUUCAGUCUUACUCCAAGCUGUAGUGGAUUCUAGGUGCAGGUUCAUAGACUGCUAUGCAGGAGAAGUUGGAAGUGUCCAUGAUGCUCGUGUGUUUCAACGUUCUAAAUUGGGGAGAAGUUUGAGUACGAUGUUUCCACCAAAAUACCAUCUUUUAGGUGACUCUGCAUAUCCCCUACAAGAACAGUUAAUAACGCCAUUUAGAGAUAACGGACAUUUAAGUCCACAGCAGCUAAAUUUUAAUCUCAAACACAGUAGAACAAGGAACACAAUGGAACGUGCCUUUGGUUUAUUGAAAGGACGUUUCAGACGUUUGAGAUACGUGGAUAUGGGCAACCCUUAUCUCAUACCAGUGUUUAUUAUGGCCUGCUGUGUGUUACAUAAUAUUUGUUUAUUUUAUGAUGGAGAUUUACAGGAUGAAACUGUAAUUGAAAAUGACACCCCUAGUGAAUCCAUACCAGAUUCAAGUAGUACAUGUGCUCGAGCACAGAAUAAAAGAAAUAUAUUAAUGCAAAUGUUGUAAAAAUCUGUUUACAACAUACAGUAUUGAUGUUUAU